AGACAGAUUUCUUUCAUUUAUAACUUUAUGAUAGUUUGAGUUAAGAUAAAAUUAAGACAUCGAGUCUUUUUUUUUCUAGAAAAGAAGAAAGAAAACAGAGUAACUUACAAUUUGGAAAGUGAGAGGUACUUGAGGUAAUGGGGUUGGAGGUGGAGCGAUACGAUUGGCUGGACGGGAUCACGUUGCCCGGGCUGCGCACAUGACUCCACUUGUGCGGCUGGCGUCCGGAGGUCAGAGUCAGACACGGCCAGCUGAGAGCUGACAGCUGGGCCUGCCUCAGCCUCACCACAUGCAUUAUUGGGUUCGCGACCUGGGCCGGGCCGGGCCGAGCAGGUCAAUUGGUUCGUCUCAAGAAAAAAAAACAGUAUGCAGGUCCAGCAAAACCAGCAGACGAAGUUAAAUGCUACCAGACAGAGACAGAGACAGAGGUAUAUGCUAACAGGCUUUCCAGGGAGACGCAAUUUCCAGCGGGGAUCGCGGCAGGAUAAGAAUAAGAAUGUAACGUACCGGCAUCGCAUCCACCACCCGGAGGAUCAAUCUGUCUAACAAUUGGGAUGGUUUGUCAACACGACCCAACCCAACCCAACCCAACCAAAAGGUACAGCUUCUUCUCUCUGCAUUUGCGUGCCCAUUGCCACCACCACUCCCUGCUGCCUGCUGCCUGUCCUUGGGAACUCCUUCAAUGGAAAAGGGGUGAUCCAGUUAUUGAUGGCCUGCAGUACAGCUUGACCGCUGGGCACUGCUUGCUCCUACGGCAACUACAAUGCCUCUGCUCUGGACCAUCAUCCGUUGAAAGCAAGGCAGGCGUCACACAUGUCCAACCUCGCCAUCACCGAUGCGUGUCUCGUGACAGAAUCAGAGCAAGCAUCAUGCAGCAGCAGCAGCCAGGAGCAGAGGGCGCCGUCAUGAAGCCAUCAGAGCCUGCUGAGGAUGAGCAGCAUCAGCAGAAGCCAGGACUAGAGGGCGCCGUCAUGAAGCCAUCAAAGCCUGCUGAGGAUGAGCAGCAUCAGCAGAAGCCAGGACUAGAGGGCGCCGUCAUGAAGCCAUCAGAGCCUGCUGAGGAUGAGCAGCAGCAGGAGGAGGCUGAGCGCAGAAGGCUCUACCAGGCUUGGAAGGGAAACAACAUAUUCCUGUGCGGCGGGCGGCUCAUGUUCGGGCCCGACGCCGCGUCCCUCCUGCUCACGACAUUCCUCAUCGUCGCCCCGACCAUCGUCUUCUGCUACCAGAUAAAAUCCACGUUCUACGGCUCUGGUGGGCGGCAGCAGCAGCAGAUGCACCAGGCAGCAGCGCUCGUAGUCACCGUCACAACGAUCAUGGACCUUGUCUUCCUAUCCAUGACAUCCACCAGAGACCCAGGAAUCGUGCCAAGGAACUCGAGGGCGCCCCCUGAAGCCGACGAGUUCCUCGGCUGCAACACGCCGUCUAUGGACUGGAGCGGCGGGAGAACCCCGCGGAUGAGGCUCCGCCGGACCAAGGACGUCAUCAUCAACGGCUUCACGGUGAAGGUGAAGUUCUGCGAGACCUGCCUGAGGUACCGUCCGCCACGAUCCUCGCACUGCUCCAUCUGCAACAACUGCGUCCACAAGUUUGACCACCACUGCCCAUGGGUCGGCCAGUGCAUUGGACUUAGGAACUACCGUUUCUUCUUUCUGUUCAUAGCAACGUCGACUUUCCUGUGCAUAUUUGUCUUUAUUUUUUCAUGGCUGAGUGUCUAUAGCCAAAUGGAAGAAAAUGGAGGCUCUAUCUGGAAGGCCUUGCGCAAGGAAGCGUGCUCGUUUGCGCUAAUCAUAUAUACUUCCAUUGUUGUUUGGUUUGUCGGAGGCCUCACAGUGUUUCAUCUCUAUCUAAUCGGUACUAAUCAGACAACAUAUGAAAACUUUAGAUACCAUUAUGACAAGAAGGACAAUCCCUACCGCAAGAGCAUUGCAGCAAACUUUGCGGAAGUGUUCUUUACCAAGAUACCACCUCCGAUGAAUGAUUUUCGUUCAUGGGUAGGUGAGGGCGCACUUGAAGCUGGAUUCUACACUCCAUACAUUGGGCUGGAUGUGACAAACCCAAGGGAAAAGAUUGACCUAGACAUGGAAAGCAAAGAAGUACUUGUUGGGGGUAUCCAGAUUCCAACGGCACUUCAGAACAUAGACUAUGGUUCCUUCGAAGAGAGUUCAGGUGACAAGAACAGAAAUGCUGGCCAAAAAUCAGCGCAUUUCCCUAUAGCUUGGGCACAAGGAAAUGAAGCUGCUGGAACAUCUGCAGGAGCUACCGUGACAUUCAAUAACAAAACAAGCGAUGAUGGUGUUAAUGAAUUCGACAGUCCGAAUACAACUACCACCCAAGCAUCUACAAAAGCUAACACAGAACCACCAGGUAGGGUUGAUAAAAUGGAAGGGACAAUGGAUAGGUACGACCGGAGAUGUAAUACAAUUUAGAUUUUGUGCAGACUAUAGCACACUGGCAAUUGAUUUUUGUAGAAGGAAUUCAUACAUCGAUGAAUGACAUCAUUAAUAAACAAAUGUCAUCUCUCGUUAUUGAGAGUUGAGAGAACAGUAGCAUUGGAAACAAGGUAAAUGGUGAAGUUGCAUAGCUAAAUGGCAGUAUCAUGGACCACACAUAGAUGCAGAAAUGAAGCACUCAUGGCUUGUAGACAUCAGGAAGCUGGAGGCCUACACUGGCGGCAGAUUUGUUCAGUAUCUUCUUCGUUUCAUCAGAUCGAUCCACAGCUAUAUUGUACGAGAGCAGCAGAUCCUGGACAAUCAAGCAUGAUGUGGAGUUAAUAGCGUCCAUAGUGCAUAAUAAGCUGAUAGUACAGUGCUAUUGAGAACACGCUCGGUGUAGAAAGAUACAUUUAAUCAGGUCAAAUCACGGAAAAUGAAAAAAAAACACAAUGUUUCUA